ACAGAAGCUUGCUUAAUCAUCCGAAUUACAUCUAUACUCAAGCAUCUAAAUUUACGAAAGAUGAUGUAGGAGCACUGAGGGUGAAAUUUCAACCAGCAUCUGAAGACCUCGUUAUUCCUAAUGAAAAAAUCGAAGACUUUCCAAAAAACUAUAUUUGCCCCAAAAUAAACAGAGACAUACUCGAUAAAGCAGCAUUUAAAGUUCGAGAAAUAAAUGAUAUUUCUGAUGGGUCCGUUCAAACCUUCUUUGAUAAACUGCAUAUCGUCACGAGAAACCCACCAGGUAUACCCGAGUCCAGUACUAAUGACUUGGUUGCUGAUCUGCUUCGUAUUGCUCUGCUGAAUUAUUAUCCUUUGAAAAUAACACAACAUCCUCAAAGUAAACUAUACAUUUUAAAUGAACCUUAUGUUUCGGCAACUCCCGAAUUUGUGGUUAAAAAAGGAACAAUAUCUAUGGUUAUUACAGAAGAUAAAAGCUUACGAAACGUUGACCCUAGAAAUGAAUAUAGAGAAAUGCAAAUUGCUGGCGAAAUACUUGCUUGCGGAGAUGAAAAUAUACGUGAGACUGGUGAAGUCUCUGAUCAGCUUGGUAUAGGCUUACCAAAAAAAUAUUUAGUUACAAUUAAAAGAUGGCCAGGAGAGAAUAAAAAACUAAGUGGUCUUGAUCUUGCUGACCCAAAAGGAAGGAUAGAA